AUGUCCGAUAAUUCCCAAGACGUAGAAAGUGUCAAUGUCAACGGAGCCACUAUUGGGUUCUUAUCGUCUGCUGCCUUUUCCGAGGAUUUCUAUAUGGUACUAAAUCGCAUAAUUUUUACAGUAUCUUUAGAAAUUGUGGCAGCUUUACCUUGUGAUUUGAGAACAGGCACAUGGAAUAAUUAUGCAUCGACUCCAGAUUCAAAAAUGCAUCUGAUUGGUGUUUAUAAAUGCAAGAAGUCCGGCAAUGCUCAAUGGAAAUUCAGUGUCAAUGACUAUAAGAUAAUGUCGAUUGACUCAAUUAGUUUAUUCUUUCUUAUUGAAGCCCGUGAAGACAAUUCGGUUGUUCAGAAGCUUUUCCAAGUUAGAAAUAGAAUCAUGGGGAAUGAUGGCGAUUAUUAUAUUCGUCAAAUUGGUUUUAAAAUAAUUUCGAUCGAACCAAGUAAUGGAAAUUUGUACGAUGUUAAUGAAAUGCAAGUGAACAGAAAAGUCAAUGACUUGUCUAAGACAUUAUGCUCAGAGUUAAAAAGUCACGCCGAGAAUAAACUGCAUAUUGCAACGGAAAACUUAUCUAAUACCAUGGAGAAAUUAUAUAAUAAAUGGAGUUACAACCCCAACGGUAAAUCGAAUCUCGAAACGUGUCUUCAUGGUAAUGUUCCUGACGAUCCGUCUUUUAGCAGAAUGUCAACUCCGUUUUCCCAUGAUCGAAGUGUAAUUGAAGGUUUGCUGUCGAUCUAUAGACUUUGCCUACUUCUAGCAAGUAUCAAUUGGUAG